AUGAAGCAAAUCAUAGUUUUAGAAAACUCUGUACAGUUCAAUAGCGACCAAUGCGACAAUGUCCAAAAGAAAACGGAAUUAAUAGCCGUUAAUAAAAAAGCAAUUGAAUCACUCGAAUCAAAAUUAGAUUUAUUGACUAAUGAAAACAGACAAUUACAAUUGGAAAUUAACACAAAUAAUCAAAGAGACCGUCUGUUGAACUUAGAGAUCGUCGGAGUCCCUGAAAUCAAGGAUGAAGAUUUAAGUAAAAUAAUUCUAUCCGUUGCUAAGCACUCUAAUGUAAAUAUUUCCGCCGAUGAUGUCAUAGAAGUCAACCGUGUCGCACCGAAAGUCAAACAACAAGGCCGUCCAAAAAACAUAGUUGCAAAAUUAAAAUCCCGUCUCCUGAAGGACAACAUAAUCUUUUUCUUUUUGAAAGGGAUUUUAUUCGGGUAUUCGAAAAAAUCGACUGACCACCAAAGAUCUUGGCAUUCAUGGCAGCGUACGUCCUGUAUAUGUCAAUAA